AUGAAUCCAUACGAGGCUUAUGGCUCUCCUACCAAUGACAGAUCGCCGCCUAGAUACCGUGGAAGGGACGAGUCGUAUGACCGAAACGACUCGUACAGACGAAGAUCUCCUGUAGUGAACGACCGACGCCGGCCUGCUCCUCGCAACCGCUCACGGUCCCCCGUAGCUAUUGAUCGUUAUCAACCAGACCGAGAAAGAGACCGAGACCGAGAGCGCAACACGCGCGAUGACUACUAUGAGGGCGCCAGACCUGCCGCAAGAGACGCAAGAGAUACGAGAGAUGCAAGAGAGCGGGAUGAUCGUAGAAGAGCACCUUCGCCUACUGCCGCAAACAUCGAUCGAUACGUCCCAGGUCAAGAUUCCAGCAAGCCUGCUGUCAAGGUCAAUCCUCUCGCCAACCCUCUGGCUCUAGAUACGCAAGCAGGUUUCAGCUUCUUCGCAGAUUGGUGGCGAUUUGAGCAACAAGUCAAAGAAGAGAAAGAACGAGCCAAGCAUGGCGGCAGACGACCUUCCGACCGUGUCAAGGGUGAACGUGAGGCGAAAGAAGACCGCGAGAAAGAGCGAGCUCAAAUCCAGCAGGCUUACGACCAGUAUAAACAAGAUUUCCAGGUAAAGAUGGCCAGGCAAUUUGUCCAGCAGCACAAGGGAGAAGAAUGGUUCAAAGAACGAUACGUCCCAGAAGUACGAGACCCGAUUCGCAAGCGUCUCAUGGAAUCUCGAGAACCCGGGUUCGAACAAUGGGUCAAAGACCUGGAAACGGGAGUUUUCGAUGAAUUCACACUCGAGGGGAUCUACAAGAACGAUAGCGACGGGGCCGGCGGAAUGGUGGAGAAGGAAGAAGGCGAAGCCGUUGGUGGCGGUGAAGUCCUCGGCGUGCUCGACCUCGUCCCUGCCAAAGGCGGUGAUCUGAAAGACGAAUCUGUUCAGCAACCCGCUCUGCUCAUCAAGACACUUGCACCCAACGUCGGCCGCGACCGCAUUGAGGAGUUCUGCAAAGAGCAUUUGGGAGAGGAGGCGGGGGGUUUCAAGGGUUUAUCGCUGAGCGACCCCAAUCCGGCAAAGAAAUUCCAUCGUAUCGGCUGGAUCAUGUUGAACCCCGCCCCGGAAGAGGACGGCGAUGUCAUGCAGGACAUUGAGCGGGGUGAUGGCCGGGACGAGGAUGGUGAAGAGGGCGAAGAGAAGCCACAGCCGGAGAAAAUCAGCUCUGCUCAAAAAGCUCUCGAUCUUAUCAAUGGCAAGACCAUCACUGAUGCGGUCAGAGGCGACUUUACCUGUCAUGUGGGUAUCCACAAUGCACCGAGCGCGCCGCGGAAGAAGGCUCUUUGGGAUUUGUUCUCGGCGCCGGAACGAGUCGAGCGCGAUCACGAACUUGCGAGACGACUGGUCGCGAGACUCGACGCCGAACUGGGCAAGGAUGAGCAUUCCGGCGCUUUGGCCAAGAUUGAUGCUCGAGUGGAGCAGAUGAGAAAUCAAGGACUUCUACAGCCUCCGCCGAAACCCAAAAAGCCAAAUUUUGAAGACAAUGAUGACGAGAUCAAGUUCGAAGAGGAGGGCGAAGAAGGUGAAGAGGAAGAAGAUGAACAGGACGACGAAGAAUUAUUGGUCGUCAAAAAGAAGCUGGAUCUGAUGGUUGAAUACCUUCGACGAGUCUUCAACUUCUGCCUGUUUUGUGUCUUCGAAUCCGAUUCAGUCCAUGAGUUGGUCCGCAAGUGCCCGGGCGGCCAUCUUCGAAGACCGAGAGCUGGGUUGAGCUCGGCGGCCAAGGCAGCGGCUAGGGCGAGCGCGCUCGGCGAGCCAUUCCCCGGCAAGAAGAAAGAUGGUCAGAAUGGCAUGGAUGAUGAGCCACAAAGCCCUGUUCAAGAGCGUCGCCCUCAGAAGUUCAACAAAAACGACCAGCAGCUGCUUCGAGCCUUCAACUGGGUCAAGACUUUUGAGGAGAAGGUCCUGCAGAUUCUAGAACCUGAAUACGUGGAUUUGAAGAAAAUCGGAGGCAAGCCUGUUGAUGAGGCGUUGGAUGAAGAGCUGGCAAAGUUUGUCAAGCAAGAGGACGAGGCCAAAUUUCGAUGUCGGGUGCCCGAAUGCACCAAGCUGUUCAAAGCAGAGCAUUUCUGGCGGAAGCAUGUGGAGAAGAGACACGAAGAGUGGUAUCUGGCUCUCAAGAACGACCUUCAACUUGUCAACACAUACGUUCUGGACCCGUCGCAUAUUGCCCCGUCCCGGUCAGAUGCCAACUCUAACGGACACUUCCCUCUCCCUCAGAACCAUCAUCUCAAUAACGGCACUCCUCGUGGUUUCAGCCUUCAGAAUAUCGGCAUGAACAUGAUGAACUUUGGCCAGAAUGCCAUGAUGAACGUGCAGAAUGUCCAUGGGCCACUCGUGCCCGGGGUCAACUUCAACACCGAAGGUAUGAAUGGAAGUGGAGGACAUACUGGCGGCCCCAUUCGACGCGGCGGGAACAGAUACGGCAAUCGACCCGGACCAUAUGACCGAAAUCAACGCGGUAGCCAACGUGGCUAUAAUAAUAUGGGUGGCAUGCUGCGAGGCAACCUUGUCCCCGGUCUCACCCCCGGGUUCAUUGCCCAGGGCGGAGGCGGAGGCGGAGGCAAAUGGGGAGAUGGCGCUGGUGGCGGUAUGAACGCCAUGGGACCAAGAGAGGCGACUCAGGGGAGAAGCCUUAAAAGCUACGAGGAUCUUGACGCCCAGCCCAACAGUGGCGGAGGCAACACUGGAGCGGCGGCGGCGGGACAGGCCGGUGGGGGUGCAGAGCUGGACUACUAA